CACAGUGACAUGAAGGUGGAGGUUAGCUUUCCGGACAUCAGAAUACUGGCCCCUGUGGCAGCAUGUCCAGGAGACGUGCUGGAUGGCCAGCCCUCGAGGGCCUGCACUGUGUGGGCAGUGUUUUGUGUUUGCCCAGAGGACCCACAACAUCAGCGUGAGGAGGGGGCUAAUGAUGGCUCAGCACUCGACACGUGCUUGCAACUUAGUGUCCCAUUGAGUCCCGGCGGCAAUCCUUCGCCAUGCACAGCAUCACCAUCCCUUUUUAGACGCAGAAGCGAGGCACAGAGGGAAGAGCACUGUGUUCAAAGCUAUCUAUUCUAGGGCUCUGACGGCCACGGGCACGAUGCUUCGGGUUCUGGUGGGGGCUGUCCUCCCCGCCAUGCUGCUGGCCGCGCCCCCGCCCAUCAACAAGCUGGCGCUGUUUCCGGACAAGAGUGCCUGGUGCGAGGCCAAGAACAUCACCCAGAUCGUGGGCCACAGCGGCUGUGAGGCCAAGUCCAUCCAGAACAGAGCGUGCCUGGGACAGUGCUUCAGCUACAGUGUUCCCAACACCUUCCCGCAGUCUACAGAGUCCCUGGUGCACUGCGACUCCUGCAUGCCGGCCCAGUCCAUGUGGGAGAUUGUCACGCUGGAGUGCCCCGGCCACGAGGAGGUGCCCAGGGUGGACAAGCUGGUGGAGAAGAUCCUGCACUGCAGCUGCCAGGCGUGUGGCAAGGAGCCGAGUCACGAGGGGCUGAGUGUCUACGUGCAGGGCGAGGACGGCCCGGGCUCCCAGCCCGGCACCCAUCCCCACCCCCAUCCUCACCUCCACCCGGGUGGGCAGACCCCUGAGCCCGAGGAGCCCCCGGGGGCCCCCCACACCGAGGAGGAGGGGGCUGAGGACUGAGGCCCUCGACUCUUCCUCCCCGCUCGUCCCCCGUGGAAUGCUGGGAGAAGUGUGUGGGAGAGGCUGACGCCCCCCUUUGGCACUGGAUGGACUUGGAUUCAGACUUGGACUUGGAAUGCUUCCCGGUUGCCAUGGAGAUCUGAAGGGAGGGGUUGGAGCCAAGCUGCACAAUUUAAUAUAUUCAAGAGUGGGGGGAGGCUUCUUCUUCGGAGGGGGGUUCUCUUCCUUUCUGCCUCCUAGAGACGUGCCCUUGGGAGGGGAGAGCGUUGGCUAAGCUGCUGAGGUGGGGGUGAGGCCAUGCACAUGGCGGGAGCCAGGCUAAGGCCCGUGUAGCCUCUGGUGGGGCAGGGCCCUGGGUACAGGGGGAGCUGGGCCCUGAGCUGGGUGGGUAUCUUGCCGCAGUGGCCCUGAAGGAGGGGCUGGGGCUGGGCUGGGCAGGCCACUGGCAGAAGCAGGGAGCUCCAGCCCCACAGGCUUUCCCAGAGGCCUCCCCGACCCCCAUGCCCAGGGCAGCUUCUCCCCUCGCACUGAAGUGGCUCUCCCCCCAUGGUUGGGAGUCAGGCCUGGGCAGGACCCUGCUGACUCAUGGCCCUGGAGCCGGGGCGCGGCUCUUUGGGCCUCUGGCUUUCUUGGCUUUCCAGGGGACGGAGGGAGGCAGGGAGGCGUCUUCCCAGGCCAGGGGGUGGGAGUGACCCCCCAGCCCAUCAGCGGGAGAGUGUCCCUCCUUUUCUCUGAGAUCUUUGUGCCUCCCACUGCCCCCUAAGUUCUAGGCCCCUCAGAAAGCUGAUGAGACAGCCUCACCCUGUUGCGGAAACUUUCUAAAUACCUGAUGGUGGGGAGGGGUCUCCCUUACUCAGAUUCCAAGGAGGGACCUGGGUGGGAUGGACUCUGGCUGAGCCUCAGGGGCGAGGGCUCUUGUGGACAGUGUCCACUGUGGCUCUGGCUGCCUGAUCCCAGCGGCCUCCCCCCUCCCACUGCACUUUAACCCCAGAGGAGGUGCGGGAUCCGGACUGGGGCGGGGCAGGCGGGCAGGGAAGAACUGCCUGUGUCCGCUCUUCUGUCCCCAGCUCUCUGUCCCCAGCAGCUUCCAGCCCCACCGGCCCCCUGCCUGAGGGUGCCCUGCUCCUCACGGCUGUUCUGACAAGAGCUUCUGGAGCUUGUAACCAGUAGAUUGUCUCCCUGACGGGCCCUGAGUGUUCUCACGAAUAAAUUCGUUCAACGCC